AUGCUAGAAGAAAAUAACAAGAGGUUUAAGCGGUUCUCGCGCUUCGCCGUUCUGAAAAGUAAAGUUUCUCAUCGCGAAGGUUUCAAGAUCAGAGGUACCUCUUCCGCACCGAAGUAUUACUACGUGGGGAGGGGAUGGGGAGAAGAUAAUAGAGAAAAAAAGUUCCAUACAAAAAGAUUCCCACCGAUAGAGGAUACCGUAUCAAGGGGAUACAAGACAGCGGAUAAUAUUUACGACCAUACGCUAAAUUGUCGCUGGAUCCGUGGAUACGCAUGUCAGCAUCCGUCUGAGAGAGGCCGGCCGGUUUUAAACGACCGCCACAUUAAACGUUUCCGACGAAACGCGAGCGCUAAUGCCUGCACGCCCUCGAAUCGGAGAACCGCCCUUUCGAGGAGCAACUCGUACGCGCACUCAGCGCGGCGG